CGACCUUUUGGCAUUCCCAAAGGCUCACACCUUUCUUCUGGGGACUGUCCCUUCCUUCUCUCAUUGGUCCCCUCGCGCAAUUCCAGUCUUCCACAACAUACACGAGAGAGAGAGAGAGAGAGAGAGAGAGAGAGAGAGAGAGAGAGAGAGAGAUGAAUGUGGGAGUGAGAGACUGGGGAAGCAGCGGGAUCGGCUAUAGGAUGAUGGCAUUCCGAAUCCCGUCUUGUGCGGCUCUGCAUUUCGUCAAACACAAGGAGGUCAUUCUGGAACACUCCGUCAAAUUGACACGAAGACGAAGAGGAUUGAGGAUUGUGGCCUCAAGCGACGUGGCUUCUCCCUCCGUGUGGGACGAUUGGAAGCCAGCCAAAGGCUCUUCAGCCCCUUCCCUCAGCGACAUUGUUUGGCCCUCUGCAGGGGCAUUUGCAGCAAUGGCUUUAUUGGGAAAGAUGGAUCAGAUUUUGGCGCCCAAAGGCCUUUCUAUGACGGUUGCUCCAUUGGGUGCUGUUUCCGCUGUUCUCUUCGCCACACCCUCCACCCCCGCUGCUAGGCUGGGGAAUCUGGAAUCUCACUUUGGAGGGGACAAAAAAUUCUAUUGGAAGGCGCUUCCACUCCAAAAAUACUGCGCUCAAGGCGUGGGAGUAUACAUUUAUACACUUAACACACAGAUUAGAGUCACACGCUUAAUUGACCCACUUAACUGGAACUUGUUAAGUCCUUUCUUUUUCUUUUUCUGGUCAAAUGAUAAAUCUAGGGAAACGUGCUAGUGCUAUUUUGCAGCACGUGCAGAUAUAGAAUAAAAACUAAAAUUGUUAUCAAUUUUCUAUCCUAAUAAAAUCAUUUUAAUCAAAUUAAUUCUAAUAUGUCAAUUUUUAUAUGAUCUAAUAAGAUAAAAUAAAGUAAAAUGUGCGUACCUGAAGAAUUCAUAACCGCUUACUAGAAAUACCUUGAUCACCUCAAGUGUAGAUAAACGCACAACCCACUGAACCUCAUAGUUUUUAGAGAAUACAGAGAUAAUGGAGUAGAAGAAAAUGUAUCGUGUGUUUGAUAGAAAAUAACUGACAGUUACUGGAUUGUAGGUUGAGUCUCUGUCCAAUGGACUCACUUGUGUGGUCUGAUUAUUACGGUCCACACAGGAUCAUAAAAAUCAAUUUGUUUACGCUUAUUAAUUAAUGUUAAUUUAUAAAUACAUAUUCCAACAAUUACUGUAACAUUCUAGCCUCAUAGUCAGAGGCUCAUCCCGUUAAUUAAUAUAUCAUAUAAAAUUGUACUAUUUAUUUGCCACUAAUAAUACCUACUCAUCUCUAGCGUGCAAGAAAAUAUGUCUAUUUAUCACUAUUUUGGUUCCACCUAGUUAUUUUCUUCUGGACAAACGUAACCCAUAAGAACAGUAGUUGCCCAAGAAGACCAUUUCUGAACAACAUCGUAUGUGGACUUGGACUUACUUGUUGACCCCAAAAGGGAAAAGGCCCAGCAAAGGCAAUCGCACUCCUCUGGAACUAAACCUCUAAGGUGUUCGCUUUUCAAAAGUCAAAACCGGUCUUUUUAGCCGGAAUUAAAACGCAAUUUGAUGGGUUUUAUUCGGUCUUUGUUCUUCUCCAUGGUCUCUGAUAUAUU